CCGACUGCGCAUGCGCGGACGAAAACUCCAUGAUUAUUUUUUUUUGGCACGGGAUCCUAAGGAAAGAUAGGAACUUGGAAACGAAGAUAAACUGAAAGCAGCAUCACAAAGGCAUUACAGCACACAGUAAAGACGCUUGGGAGCGUUGAAUGAAGCGAUCGCACGCUCCGCGGCCGAGCAGGAUUCACGCGAAAUUGGACGACAAUGCACGGGGCGCAAUAAAACCAAGCGUUAUUGCUCUUUGUUUUUAAGCAGGACGGCUCGGAUGUGGCUAAAAAUCACACGGCGUUAAUAACAGCUCCCGCAACGGCGACAUUUGCGACUCAAGUCCGUCUUGACGCUUGUUCAGUCUUCAGUCUGCGCCACGAAGAAGCAGGAAACUUCGUAAACACAGAGAUUGUCAGCUUCUGGAGAGUUCCAUAGAAGCAUCCCAGUCCGUUUGAGAGGACCGGAGAGGAUUGCGUGUCAAUUUGUUGUAUUGCUUUGUGCUUCGUUAAUGCUGUGUAAACGUCCUCCAAAGAGUGUCUUUCACGAUUGGUGCUGACCAAGGCUGUAUAAAAAUGAAAAGGAGCUGGAUGUGUGCGAGCAGAAAAUGACGGGGGGCAGUGAGAGUGCAGCAGGAGAAAAAGAUGGAGGUACGACUCUCAUCGCUCAGAUCCCGGUUGGCUGGCAGAGGAAGAUGGAAGCUGGGGCUGUAUCUUACAUCAGCCCAAGUGGUACAGUCCUUCGAUCUGUGGAUGAGUUGAGGGUGUAUCUACGGACAGACGGCACAUGUAAGUGUGGUCUCGAGUGCCCGCUAGUCCCAAAUAAGGUCUUUAAUUUUGACCCUGCUGCGAUGGUCCAAGCUCCUGGUCAUCAGUCAGGGAAAAUAGAGGAAGACAUGACCAAACUCUGUAACCAUCGCAGGAAAGUUGAUGCCAUGGCGGCGUUAUGCCAAAGCAUGCAGCCGUCCCAUCUUCCCUCGUCGGCUCAAGCCACAGGAGGUGUUGUAUGCUCAGUGGAUGGCAGAGAGCUGAGAGGAUCAAUGGUGGCUCAUGGAGACGGCACCCACUGCACUUACCCUCAGCAAAGACACAACCAACCCAAAUCCAGCAUUGGCUUUCCUCUGUCCUCUCCCCGUGCUGUUGUGCAAAAUGGUUCUGUUAGCCUUGCCUCUAUUUCUCGGCCUCUAGAACAGGGUUCACCUUUAAAGAAACCUCAAACGCCAGUGGGCUGCAUGCCUGGUUACGCGAAACAGCAGUGGAGCCCUCAUCCACUGCAAAGGACAGUGCACAGCCCCACUUCUCCUAACAGUGUAAAACCAGGUGUACACAUGCAUAUGCAUCCUCCAGACCCCUCCAGUUCCUAUUCCUUAUCCCCCUCUUCAUCCUUUGCGCUGAGUGGUCGAGCAGCUCCGCCACACUCCCAGGGAGCGAGUGUUAAGUCGCCCUCUCCUCUGUCACCCUCACGUACCUUGGACACUUUCUCACCCCACCAACGCUCUCGCCACUCUUCGACGUCUUCGCUCUCAGAACACGGGGUCCAAGGGUCCGUCUUCAUUCAGGGGGGCAAACCGUUGCAGCCCACCAUGCCGUGCUCCUCUCCCAAGCUUCCUCUUGCGCCUUCCAGUCCAUGUAGUCACUUGGAGGGCAUCCUGCAGCACUACAAAGACUGUAGUACCGCCAACACAAGCUCCAGUGCUAAUUCUAGCAACCAAAGCAACCAUCAGAUGUCACAAGCCCUGUUGUUGGUGCAUCCCAACGCAGGCGACAAGAGGAACGGAGUGAGUUCUGCUCAAGCCCCAGGACUGCUUGGCCUUCCACUAGGAAAGAUUCUCAACCAACAGAAGAGCCAGCAAAAGGGCCACAUCAAUAACUCUUUCCCGGCCAGCAGCCUCCUCUCUGCGGCCGCCAAAGCCCAGCUGGCCAACCAGAAAACCCAGCUCAAUGCAGCCGAUGCGCUGGCCGCACUCCCUCUUGCGGGCUUGGACAAGGAACAGCAGUCAAAGGUAUUGAUUAGCACUUUAAACAGUAGCGUCCACCCAACUUCUGCCAGAGCACAGUCCCUGACCGCCCUGUUGCUUCCGCACUCCCCUUCCCUUUCCCCGGCUUCCCCUGCUGUCGCUAAGAAAAAUUUGCGGCGCAAACGGCAGAGGCGCUCGCCCACUGUUUUGAGCAUGCUCAAAGACUCGCAGUUAGGUCUGACUGCAGGAGAUCUCUCCGGGCCACCUCUGCUUAUCUCCCCAUGCCUUUUGCCACCUUCUCCUCCUGUACCUCACUUAGACAACCACCGGCUACCUGUCACUCUUCCGAAUGCCUCCAGGUUGCAGGAUUUGGAGGAAGGCAGGAAGCCAGGACUUGCUAAUUCCCUCCCACUUUCCUCCCCAUCUCCAUCCCAGCCCCUUUCCGCCCUGCUUCAGCUUCUUAGCAUGCAAAGCGCAACCCAGCAAUCCAGCGGCGCCACUGCCAUGCCUGGCAACAGGCACACAAACACGUUGCCCUCUUCACCGAGACCAAUCACUCCACAGACGCCCCAGUGCAACGUGCAGUCCACAUUACGUUUUCUCAACCCCACCCCGCAACCUCAACCCCAAAGCACAGUGCCCAUGCCAGAACCUCCUAUCCAGCAACCCCCAUCCCAACCCUUUCCUUUGAUGGGUGACGAGACAACAAUGAACCUCAGAACAACCUCCAAUAACACCAUUCUGAACUUGAGCCAGCCCCACACGGGCACAACGUCGGACCUCAACAGUUCAAUUCUGAGCAUGAUGAACCAGAUGUCCUCAACAUGCUUUCCCUCAUUCCUGGACAAAGGUUGUGGACCCAAAACAACAGAGACUUGUCCUGACCACAGUACCUACCAAAUUAAACCGUCAAACCACAACCAAGCUGUGGAAAGUAAAGGUCCUGUAGAGACGAUGGAUCAGCCGGACUCAGACACAAGAUUGCUGGGUGGCUGUGAGCCCGACCACAGCCUCUCUCUGCCCAAUGCCCCCUCUUCCGACCUUUCUAAUCCCUCAACCGACCCCGCUGUUUCCCUUGCAGAGGCUUUUCCCUUCAUGUCCCAAGAACAGCUCCUCCAGCUUCUUUCCUCCAAUGCCGGUCUGCCUUCCCUGCUGCCGCCCUUCCUUGGCUCCCUGCCUUUAGGGGUCUGGACGAGCAGCCAACCUUCUGCGCCCGGCAGCAACCAAGCCCAGCAUCAACAGCCAGCCAGUGCCAUCCUAAACCAGGGCUCUCCUCUCAAUGUCCUAAACCAGGGCGAGCUUCCUCUCAACCUCGUGAGCCUGUUAAAUCCGUCAGGUUCUGCUGCGCCGCUGCCCCCUGUUGCAGGGCUGGAAGGUGGUGAAAAACCCCCUGGGCUUCAAGCCCUCCUCAUGGCUUCGUUGCUGCUCGGCCAGAAUCCGGCUGCCAUGUUGCCACUACCAGCACUCAACCUGGAGCUUCCUACGCCACCGCAGCAGGUCUUUGCGGACGGAGUGUCCCUGGAGAAGACCCCCGCUCUGCUGGACUCGGUCCUGAUGGGGCCGGGGCUCCUGGAGGCUCUUCAAACUCUAGCACCCAGUGCAGACGGCCAGUCGCUACUUCUUUCCGCCUCACUCACUCCACCCCUUCACACCUUCUUGUCCCUCAACCCUGCUCUGCUGGCCGCAGCUCUCGCCCAGACCGAACCCCUACCCAACCACGCACCAUCCCCCCCGCCUCAUUCUCAGGGGACUCUGUCCAGCCCUGCUCUAGUUUCUACCUCGGUGUCCUGCGGCCCUCUGGUGUCCAGCACGGGGCCGGAAGUGUGUGACCCUCUGGCUGAACAGGACAAGAACAACACCCAGACACCUCAUUUCCUGCCGCCUCUACUCGCCCCCGGGGUUCUUGGUGACCUCGCAGCUCUUGGGAACAUCAGCAGUCUUCACGGUUUAUUGGGAGCCGGAGCGCUGCUGCUGCCGCAGGGCCCGUCUCUGAGCGUCCCGCUAACACAGAACCAAACAGCGCUCAACCCGCUCACCUGUCUGCAGCUGACGAUGACGCCGGCGCUCAUGGGAGAGAAGACGCCUCCGUCUCAGGAGCAGCUUCCCUCGGCUCAGAUGUCCCAGGAUUCCCUGCUCAGCCCGGUCCAGGCGCCGCUGCAGCAGAGAGAGACGUUUGACCCGUACGCCUCCUUCAUGGACACCAUCUACACCUCCUUCCUGCAGGUGAGCGAGCGCGACUCGUACCCCGAGCUGCCUCCGUCUCUCAGCCCGCGCCGCGCCUGUUCCGUCCACAACCCGGACCUUUCCCGACUCGGCAUGGACACGGCCCAGUCCCCGGCCCGCGGGACGCCCAAACUCAGCGAGGACCCGCCGCCGCCCUGCAAACCUGCGGGAGCCGACGCGCCGCUGCACCCCGCCUUCAUGGAGGAGGCCAAGACCGACCUGUGCCUCUACAGCAACGGGAUCGGCUUGGGAGCGGAUGCACGAGGAGACGAUGAAGAGGAGGAUGGACGAAGGCCGCAGGGAUAUUUGAGUUCGGGUGAGCGGCUCAGAGAAGCAGUCGAGGACGUCCGAGACGCAGAGCAAGUCAGGGCUGAAGAUGUGCACACAGGAGCCAGAAGGGGGCACAAGAGGAAACAGUCGCUGCAGAGAGCUGGCAUCGACAGCAUCAUCGAGGAGCCGACGAUAGUGCUGUCCAGAUCCGCGCGGCCCGCCAGAGGGAAGAGGCGCCGCGUCAUCCGAUAGAUCUGACCGUACUUUCCCGCCAACACCCGCACUGUUGCCACGGCAACACCGUCUGAGCCGCACUGUGAAGAGUCUCCGAGAUUCUCUCCUCCUCCGUCUUUGUGUUCGUUCACCUUCUGUUACCACGAAUGCGACUGAUGCUACAUUGUUACAUUUGCAAACCGUUACCAGGCAACCAAUGAUGACUAUUGAUAAAUUGUUGCGUCAGUUUAGGAAUAGUUAUUGUUUGUUAACUCAGUUACUUAUGCUUCUUGUUUCACGAUCGAGGUCCAGUGUGAUUGACAGCUCUGAUUCAAAGGAAUAGUUCAG